UUAAAGCAGGGUCUUUUAAAUUAAUAGCCAUGCCACAGCUACCAGUUGUAUCUACUCCUGCUAGUCCCACCAAUCCUAUUCCUAUUGAGGUAAAUGGUUAUGGAGCAGAAUCUAACCUCACUCAGCCCAUGUCCCCCUUGAACUUAUCUCCCACUCAAAACCCUUCGGUGGUAAGCAGAACCGAAAAGAUAAUAACUGAUACAUUUGUUGUAUCUGAAACCAAAACUGCCAUGGCUUCCAUAGCUCCUAUGCUUGAAGGCUUUACUCCGAAGACAAACUCCGAGGAUGGGGUAGGAAUCAUAGCUGGCGACAACUCUUCUUCUCCUUUACAAUCUGGAGUGAUCGAUGAUGUUGGUACUCCUUUUGACUCAAAUACCAGAUCAAACUCGACCAAUCUGAACCCUUUGAAGUCAAGAUCAAACUCGACGUCCAGUGGAGCAGAUUUUCCUAUCUUGAACAAGACCAUCUCCAAUUCCUCGAGUGCUUCGAGAAAAGUGUCUAUUCACAAAGAGGUUAUUGGACCCAAACUCCCAUAUGUUGGUAAAAUUGGGGUGUGUGCUAUGGAUGCUAAAGUGAUGUCUAAACCAUGCAGAAGAAUUUUGAACAGACUCAUUGAAAAUGGUGAGUUUGAAACGGUGAUUUUUGGUGAUAAAGUUAUUUUGGAUGAGUCUAUUGAAAAUUGGCCAACCUGUGAUUUUUUAAUCAGUUUCUUCUCCACUGGAUUUCCCUUGGACAAAGCCAUAAGCUAUGUUAAUUAUCGUAAACCUUACAUGAUUAAUGACUUGGUGUUUCAGAAGGCUCUAUGGGAUAGAAGAUUGGUGUUGGCUAUCUUAGAUCAUCUGAAAGUUCCUACUCCUUAUCGUUUGGAAAUUAGUAGAGAUGGGGGACCCCAGCUAGAUGAAGUGUUGGAAGUUAAAUUGAGAGAAGCUGGUUUUACUGAAGAAAAGAUCCAAAACUUGACCGACCAACCUGAAGCUGAGUGGGAAAUGGUUGAUGAUGAUACCCUCAAGGUUAAUGGAAAAAUCAUCAGAAAACCGUAUGUGGAAAAGCCCGUCGAUGGUGAAGACCAUAAUGUGUAUAUCUACUAUCCAACAUCCACUGGAGGUGGAGGUCGGAGAUUGUUCCGUAAGAUCGGUAACAAAUCCUCUGAGUUUGAUCCUGAAUUAACUACUCCAAGAACUGAAGGCUCAUAUAUCUAUGAAACUUUCAUGGAUACUGAUAAUUUCGAAGAUGUUAAGGCCUAUACUGUUGGAGCCGGAUUCUGUCAUGCAGAAACCCGCAAAUCUCCUGUUGUUGAUGGAAUUGUAAGACGUAAUACUCAUGGCAAAGAAAUUAGAUUUAUCACUCAACUAUCCGAUGAAGAGAAGAUUAUGGCCCAGAAUAUUAGUAACACAUUCAAACAAACUAUUUGUGGAUUUGAUUUAUUGAGAGUGCUUAAUAAGUCCUACGUCAUUGAUGUGAAUGGAUUUUCAUUUGUCAAAGAUAACAAUGAUUACUAUGAUUCGUGUUCGAGUAUCUUGAGGAAUUUGUUCAUAGAGGCCAAGAAGUCAAGAGACCUUAUCAAGGAUAAGAUUCCACCUUCUAAGAAACUCCUUAACAAAUCUCAAUUCGAAGAAAAAGAACAAAAAUGGGUUUUCAAGGGUAUGGUUUCUGUCAUCAGACAUGCAGAUAGAACACCUAAACAGAAGUUUAAAUACUCUUUUAGAUCCCCUCUUUUUAUUUCAUUAUUGAAGGGUCAUAAAGAGGAGGUUAUCAUCAGAGAGGUUCCAGACUUGCAGGUGGUUUUAGAAACUGUCAAAAUUGCUGAAGCAAAGAAGUUGGAAGAUUUGAAGAAGCUUAAGCAAUUGAGAACCGCUUUGGAAAAGAAGAUGAACUUUCCAGGUACUAAGAUCCAACUUAAACCUUCUUUGUCUAAAGAUGAUCCAGAAUUUGUCGAAAAGGUUCAAUUCAUCUUGAAAUGGGGUGGUGAGCCAACUCAUUCUGCUAAAUAUCAAGCCACUGAUGUGGGGGAGCAAUUGAGACAGAAUAUUAAAUUGUUGAAUCGUGAAGCUUUGAAAGAUGUCAAGGUGUACACCUCCUCAGAAAGAAGAGUUAUUGCUUCAGCACAUUUGGCAUCUAUGGCUUUGUUAGGUUAUGAUAAAGACCAAGAUGAGCUUCCAGGUGAUUUCAUGACCAUUAGAAAAGACUUGUUGGAUGAUUCCAACGCUGCGAAGGAUUUAAUGGAUAAAGUCAAGAAAAAGUUGAAACCUCUCUUACGACAAGGAGCUGAAGCACCCCCACAGUUCACUUGGCCUCCAAAGAUGCCUCAGCCUUUUGUUGUUAUUAAAAGGGUAUGUCAAUUAAUGAAUUUCCAUAAGAAACUCAUGGAAUAUAACUUUGAGAAUAAGGAUGUCUCUUCAUUCCAAGAGUCUUGGUGUUGUGGUGAAGACUCCACAUUAUUCAAGGAAAGAUGGGAUAAAUUAUUCCAGGAGUUCACUACUGUGGAAAAAACACAUCCAUCUAAGAUCAGUGAACUCUAUGACACCAUGAAGUAUGAUGCUUUGCACAAUAGAUCAUUUUUACAAAACGUUUUUUCAUAUGAUCCCAAAGACGAAAAAUUGAUACAGCUAUUGAGUGAAACAUGUGGUGAUACAGUCAACCUGAGUGGUUUGGUGAGUGAAUAUCCUAUCAAUAUUUUGGCCAUGAAUAAUUUCAAGAUUCCAAACGAAAGCUCUUCCGGUCCAAACUCAACCAGUCCUUCCAAGAACAACUCUACUAAUAACUUAAUUAACAUCUCGGGUGGUGGACAUGCUGCAGGUUCUUUAGGUUGGGUCUUGAAAGAUGCCACUGAGACAAUUGAGAAUUCUUCUAAGAAUAACCAGUCCAAUACCAGAAAACUGGAAAACUCGAAUGCAAAUCCAUUCGACCACCCAACUUUUGCCAGAUUAAGAGAGCUAUACAGAUUGUCGAAGGUUUUAUUUGAUUUCAUUUGUCCUCAAGAGUAUGGCAUCAAGGAUGAAGAGAAACUUGACAUUGGUUUGUUGACUUCCUUGCCGUUAGCCAGACAAAUCUUGAAUGAUAUCCAAGAUAUUAGAAAGAAUGAUACACCAGGGGUAUCAAUGUAUUUCACUAAGGAGUCUCAUAUAUAUACCUUGUUAAAUGUGUUAUACGAAUCACAAAUCCCAAUGCAAAUUGCUAGAAAUGCAUUGCCUGAGCUUGAUUACCUUUCUCAAAUUACAUUUGAACUAUUUGAAGCGGGUGAUAGAAACAGCCCUAGUGGUAAAAAACUUUCAAUUCGGUUAUCUUUGUCUCCCGGUUGUCAUACCCAAGAUCCACUUGAUGUCCAACUUGACGAUGAUCACUAUAUUGGAUGUAUUCCAAGAAUCAACUUGACAAGACAUUUAGACAUGGACUUCGUAACUCACAAGUUGAGGUCAAGAUUCACCAGAGUUUCUUUGCCCAAGAAGUUCACCCCAGUGAACAUUUCCAGUCCUUUAAUGAAUGCACUUUAACUCCUUUUUGUACAAAAAUUGUAUAAACUUAAAUAUAUUAAAAUCCUAUAAAGAAACAAAUUUUUACAUCAUAAUUAGGCAGACUCGUAAGACUCCCAGUUCUCAAUAAUUGACUUCAAUUUUUCGGAUUUGGUUAAUUGAUAAACCUCUUCAAAGUAUUCCUUGGUAAUUUCAAAUGGCUUGGCAGUCAAAUUAGGAAUAUACUUGUUGAUCAAAUCUUUUGGUUUGACGGAAGAUUUUGGAAUUUUCUUGUUCAAGAAUCUCUGGAAUGGUUUAACACCAGACAUCAAGUAAGAAGAAUGGAAAGGAACAGAAAUACCCUUCAAUGGAAUAACAGCAAAUCCUCUUUCCAAAUCAAUUGGUUGUGGUUUAGCCAAAGACUUAGUGCUAACUUCUUUGAUGAUUUCAUUCAAAUGCUCCUUGACCUUAUCAAGAGACAUUUGAGCUUGCAACUUAACCAAGUCAAUCUUGUUAAGUUUAAUGACAUUCAAAACAUUCGUUAAUGUGUCUAAAGCUCUCAAGUCACCAGCAGUAACGUAUUGAGUGUUUUCAACAUUGUAGUUAACAAUCUCCAAUAACCAACCAGUCCGAGCAGAAACUUCGUCAACAACAAACCUCAAGGCAGCAUCGUUGAAAGUUGGUCCAACUCUAGUAGGGUUGACAGCACACAUACCAUAAUUAGAUCUACCAGUUUCAUCUCUUGGGACUGCAACUUGCAUAGUCAUACCUCUGUAGAAAACAACAUCAACCAAAGAUUCAAUAGGCAUAACGUUGGCCAAAGAAGAUAAAGCAGAAUAUUCACCCAAAGAGUGACCAGCAAACAUAGCAUCGGAUGGUACCAAUCCCUUUGCCUUGAUGUCUUCAUAACUGGCCUUUUCCAUCAAGGUCAAAGCCGGUUGAGUAAACUGAGUGGCAGAAAGUAAACCAGUUGGAGACACGAAGGUGUGUUUGGUGGUAGUGUUGUCGAUUUCCUUGAAGAUCUUUUCAGAUUUGAUUUCACCAUUUUCAGCAAUAGUUUCGAACAUCAUAGUAAUAUAGUUUUCUCUGAUUUUUCUACCCUUCUUACCGUUGAAGUGGAUAGUCAAUUCAUUUGGAUUAUUCUUAACAAUGUCCAAAAUAGAGAAACCAUAGUUGUUGAUGAAGUGCAAAUCAGCUCUGUCCCAAACAUCUUUGGCGACAGCUGACUUCUCGUACAAGUCCAUACCCAUACCUUGUUCUUGAGAACCUUGACCAGUGAACACAUAGGUAGUAAUUGGUUGUUCAAUUUCUGCUUCACCAUCCAAUACCACAGUCUCAGUUUCAAUAUUCUUGGUUUGAAUCUUGAUAAUCUUUCUACCAUUGAUCAUACCAAUGUGCUCCAAAGUAGUUUGCAAAACAUCAUUUGGAAGAACCAUACCAAGAAAGUUACAUUUGAAGGCUCUUACUCUUUCGGCAACAGAGUUUGCAGCCCAUUCUUCAACCAAUGAUCUGAUAGAACCAGAAGAGUACAUACCGUGAGUAAUUGUACCAGGUAAGCCAGCGUAGUUAGCAAACACUCUGGAAACAUGAAUUGGAUUGUAGUCACCAGAUACUUUAGCAUAAGGUUCAUUUGUAGUUGGAGCCUUCGAAGUUAAUUCUUCGUUAGAAGACAAAGGAAUUGAGUUCUCAAAUAUAACAGCUUGCUCGAUGGUACUUCCAUUUCUUGACAAGUAGUCGAUAACUGGGUUACCGUAUGAUCUACCAGCUUCAUAGUUAACACUAGCGACUUCAACCACUUCCUUGGUAGGUAAUUCAUAGUAGACCUUACCAG